AUGUCGUCUUUCAAUCAAUCCAUCCCAAUGUAUCUGCGCACCUCCAAUUCUAUUACUAUUGCUGCCGUCUACGUUGACGAUAUUAUAUUAACUGGGGAUGAUAGUGCUUCCAUCAAGCAACUUAAGGCCCAUCUUCAUCGUAUUUUUAGUAUCAAGGAUCUUGGUGUUCUUCAUUAUUUUCUUGGUGUAGAAGUCAGUUAUGCUCCUGAAGAAUCUGGUAUUGUUCCAAGCAAAAAGGUUGCUACGCCUCUUCCCGUUCAUCUCAAGUUGCAAGCAAGUAAUUCUCCUCUUUAUCUUGAUCCUCAACAUUAUCGUAGCUUGGUGGGUAAGUUGAAUUAUCUUACUCAUCCUCGCCCUGAUAUUUCGUUUGCGGUGCAAUCUCUUAGCCAAUAUAUGCAGAAUCCUACUGAGGACCACUAUUCUGCUCUCCUUCACACGAUUACUUAUGUUGCUCAUACUCUUCAUCACGACGUUUUAUUACAAGGCUCUAAUACUUUACAUCUUCAUGCUUACUUGGACUCGGAUUGGGGUGCUGAGAAUUAUAGCAGCGGAAGGUUUGUGGUAAUUUCAGUCUUCUUUAUCAAUGGGUAA